AUGCCUCGAGACCCCCUCAUCGGCCUUGUGGGAAAGCCAUCCUCCGGCAAAAGCACUACCUUGAAUAGUCUCACAGACGCAACUUCCAAAGUCGGUCACUUCACAACCAUCGACCCCCAACGCGCAAUCGGCUACCUCCAAAUUUCCUGCGCCUGCGCCCGCUACUCCCUUUCCGCACGCUGCAAACCCAACUACGGCUCCUGCAUCAACGGGCGACGAUCCGUGCCCAUCGAGCUCCUCGACGUCGCGGGCCUCGUUCCCGGUGCCCACGAGGGGAAGGGGCUUGGGAACAAAUUCCUCGAUGAUCUGAGGCACGCGGAUGCGCUGGUGCAUGUGGUCGAUGUGAGUGGGACGACGGAUGCCGAGGGGAAGGCUACUAGGGGGUAUGAUCCCAGUCAGGAUAUUGUGUGGUUGAGGGGGGAGGUGGUAAGAUGGAUUGAGGGGAAUUUGAUGGAGAAGUGGGGUGGGGUGAGGAGGAGGCAUGUUGCUACUAAGGCAAAUCCUGUCGAGACGCUGCAGAACCAGUUUAGUGGAUACGGGUCUACGCCGACUAUUGUGGCACGCACGCUCGACAAGCUGAAGAUCAAAGAGCCGCUGGAGGCUUGGACACAAGAGACGAUCUCGACGGUCGUGAAUGCCUUUACGGAUGAGAAGUUCCCUACGGUCAUCGCGCUGAAUAAGAUUGAUCAUCCGGACGCGGACAAGAAUAUUGCGAAGAUCGCGAAGAUGCAGGAUCCGAAUUCUAUUGUGCUCUGCUCUGCUAUAUCGGAAGUAUUUCUGAGAAAGCUGGCCAAGCAGAAUUAUGUGCGAUAUGUUGAGGGCAGCGAAUUUGUGGACACACGGGAGGAUCUGAUAGAAUUGAGAGAGGCAGACGGUGGUGGCUUGAAAGAGUUGGACGAGAAGUUGAAAACAAGGAUUGAGAAUCUCAAGGAUAUGGUACUAUACCGCUUCGGCUCAACAGGCGUGGUGCAGGUGCUUUCAAGAGCGGCGGAUUUGCUGGGCCUGGUGCCCGUUUUUCCAGUGAAGAAUAUACACGGCUUUGGCGCUAGCUCUUCCAAUGACGCUGUGUUUAGAGACUGCGUCCUGGUGAAGAAGGGAACGACGAUCAGGGAUGUUGCGAGGAAGGUAAUGGGAGAUGCGCCAUUGGCAUACGUUGAGGGUGCUGGUGGUGUGAGGGUGAGUGAGGAUGAGGUUGUCGAGAUUGGCAAAAAUGAUAUACUUUCAUACAAAGUCGGUCGAUAG